AGGGCACGGUCAAAAAAUUGAGAAGAAUGGAAUGGAGUGUUUUUUGGUCACUCCUCAGAUGCUCCAUUUUGCGGAUGCAUGAGAAAAAUAAGUUGAAUGCGAGUUGAAGUGGGAGGUAGACUUUCUCCAUCCGAAAAUCCUCAGCUCCUCCGAUCUCGCACCUGUUGUCACAUGGCUGAAAUAGUGCUCAGAUAAUGAGAGACCAAUAAAUUCAAUGAAUCUAGUCAAGUGUUUGUUAAUAAUCGGGACGUUAAUCGUCCUGGUUAAUUGUGAAACAACGAGGCCGUGGUAUGAGACACUGCCAGCUGUUGCUAUGGAUUACAAAGUUCACAUUGACGCCGGCAAGGAGGACUGUUACUUCCAAUACGUCAACCCUGGAGCAACAUUUUUCGUCAGUUUUCAGGUUUUGAGAGGAGGUGAUGGUAAAGCUGGAUUCGCUGUGCGUAAUCCUGCUGGUGAAAUAGUUCAUCCAUAUCAGUGGCGAGCCAAUGCUGAUUAUCAGGAUCAAUCGGGCGUUGGAGGGUACUACAGCGUCUGCAUUGAUAAUCAAUUCUCAAGAUUUGCAGCUAAACUCGUCAAUCUCUAUAUCACAGUUAUCAGGUACGACCAGUGGGACAAAUUCACAAAAGAACUGGAAGAGUUGAACCUCUCAGUGGAGAACUUCACGACAACAAUCGUGAAUGUCGAGAAGAACAUAAACGAAAUGCUGCAGUCGCAGCACGCGAGCAGAAGCAGAGAAGCCAGAGACCUGAAUCUACUGUUAGACAAUAACACUUACGUACAGAGAUGGUCAAUUGUACAAAUGAUAGUCAUAAUAGCGACAACAGUACUGCAGGUCUACUUUGUGAGAAAAUUGUUCGAUGUGAAGCCAUCGGGCCACUCAAAAAUGCGAAUUUAAUUCUCAGUACCAAUUGCGAGAUUACACUUGAAAUAUUAUUUUCAAUUCACGUAUUUUACCCACACCAGUGGCAAGAGGCAUACGACUGACUCUCGCAGAGAGUGUUUUUUCAAUUUUUAAGCUCUCCCUGAAUUCUGUAAAAUCUUUUUAAUGUUUAUUUCAUUUUAUUUCAUUCAUCAUAAUAGACCUCACGAAUUUACGAAGAUAUUUUCAUAAACAUGAAUUUAUUAAACAGAUACAAACAUUCCUAUUUUAUAGCAACACAUGUAUAUACAAUUUUUUGAAUACUUCAGAGAAUCAAUAUAUGGAUUUAUAUUCUA